AUGGUUGUUGCCAUGGACCUAAAUGCUUCACCCCUGCCUGAAGACGAGGAGGAUAAUUUCGAAAAUCACGUUGAACAAUACAUUGCUCCUGACGAACGCAUUGAGAGUGGCGCUGAACUUGCACGCCGGGAGCGGGAAGAAAGGAUAAAGCGUAGGAAAACAGAUCGCGGGGAUGACGUGCACUCUUAUGCGUCUCGGCAGCUAGGGGAUAAUCAAAUUUAUCAAUCCAAACCCCAAAAGGCGUAUGAUAAAAGCAAACUCCCUCCUGGAUGGGUGGAGUGCACUCCUUCUGGUCAAGACAUAUGUGGAAUGGUUCCAUCUAAGGUUCCACUCGGUGAAAUGUACUAUGAACACAUUCCAGCUGGUAAAAGAUAUUCUUUCAAGCAAGUAAUUCAUCAACAAAGAGUUUCAGGAAGAAAACUUGGUUUGGUGAUUGAUUUGACAAAUACGACUCGUUACUACUCAACCAAUGAGCUUAAAAAGGACGGCAUCAAGCAUAUUAAGAUUCAAUGCCGAGGCCGGGAUGCUGUACCUGAGAAUGUGGCUGUAAAUCAAUUUGUCUAUGAGGUCAUGCAGUUCCUCUCGCAGCAGAAACUUUCAAAGAAGUAUAUUCUUGUUCAUUGCACACAUGGACACAAUCGCACAGGGUAUAUGAUUGUACAUUUCCUAAUGCGUACACAAUCGAUGUCUGUCACUCAGGCAAUAAUGAGUUUUGCCAAAGCACGUCCUCCUGGAAUCUACAAACCAGAGUAUAUUGAUGCUCUAUAUGCUUUCUAUCAUGAGAAGAGGCCAGAUGAUAUGUUCUGCCCACCAAUCCCAGAAUGGAAGAGAUCUUCUGAAUUCGAUCUUAAUGGUGAAGCAGUACCUGAUGAUGAUGAUGAUGACAAUUCAGUUGCUCCUUUGCAUAGCAAUCAAGAAAUUGAAGCCAAGUUGACAAAUGAUGAUGUCUUGGGGGAUGAUAUACCUUUUGACCAGCUCAAUGCACUGCGGCAUACCUGCUAUCAAAUGUUAAAGAUGACUAUGCCAGGAAGAGGACCCCCACAAUUUCCUGGUUCACACCCAGUAUCUUUGAACAGAGAAAAUUUACAGCUAUUAAGGCAGCGUUACUAUUAUGCAACAUGGAAAGCUGAUGGGACACGUUAUAUGAUGUUAAUCACAAUGGAUGGGUGUUAUUUGGUUGAUCGGAGUUUUAAUUUUCGAAGGGUUCAGAUGAGGUUUCCUUGCAAGGGUGGAAGUGAUGUUUCGUAUGAUAAGACACAUCAUUUUACCUUACUUGAUGGUGAGAUGGUUAUCGAUACCUUGCCCGACACGCAGAAGCAGGAGAGAAGAUACCUCAUCUAUGAUUUGAUGGCAAUCAAUCAUGUCUCCGUUGUAGAGCGGCCUUUCAGUGAGCGAUGGAAAAUGAUCGAGAAGGAAGUGCUCGGACCUCGAAAUGCUGAACGUCAUAAUGCCUACCACAGCAGAGAAUUCUCCUAUCGAUAUGAGUUGGAACCCUUCAGGGUUAGAAGGAAGGAUUUCUGGUUGCUUUCUACAGUCACCAAGCUUUUAAGGGACUUCAUUCCUAAGCUUUCACAUGAAGCAGAUGGACUUAUUUUCCAGGGAUGGGAUGAUCCGUAUGUGCCAAAGACUCACAAUGGCCUUUUGAAGUGGAAGUACCCAGAAAUGAACUCUGUUGACUUCUUAUUUGAGGUUAAUGCUGAUGGUCGACAGUCACUGUGUCUGUUUGAACGUGGGAAAAAGAAACCAAUGGAUGGGCAAAGAGUUGAAUUCAAAGAUGAUGCUGAUCCUUCUUCUUAUUCGGGGAAGAUCAUUGAGUGUUCCUGGGAUAAACACAAAGAGGUCUGGGACUGCAUGCGUGUUCGGACAGAUAAAAACGCGCCUAAUGAGAUCAACACAUACAGGAAGGUGAUGCGAAGCAUAACAGACAACAUAACGGAGGCUGUCUUGUUGGGUGAGAUCAAUGAGAUAAUUCGGUUGCCGAUGUACGCGGAUAGGAUAAAUAAUGACAGCAAAGCUGCAGCACGGAGAAGGUGA